ACUGUAAACUCCCCCCACAUGUCACACCAAACACACACCACCAUCUCCUAUUUGAUCUCAUCAUCUCAAUCUCUUUUAAUCAGACACACAAUUUUUCCUUCUUUCUCAUAAUAAAAUCAUGGCCAAAAAAUCUCUUUGUUUUUUCAUCCUUGUGACACUCAUCACAACAAUCUCAUGUUCCUCGAAUAAUCCAACGACGGCCCACACAGUGCUGACACAGCACGGUUUCCCGGUGGGUCUACUACCAACAGAUGUAAAAUCAUAUGAUCUCAACACCACUUCUGGAAAAUUUACAGUUCACUUAACAAACCCAUGUCGGUUAAUAUUACCACCUGAUAAUUACCUUGCUACUUAUUCCAAGAAAAUUACUGGCAAGAUUGUUGAAAACAAGAUUGGUGAAAUUAAUGGGAUUAAAGUUAGGGCUUUUUAUCAGUGGUGGGGUAUUACUGGAAUUAAGAUUAGUGGUGAUGAUUUGGUUUUUGAAGUUGGAAUGGUUACUGCUAAAUAUCCUUCCAAGAAUUUUGCUGAUACUCCUCAAUGUGAAGGCCAAAAACACUCUUCUUCUUGACAAAACACAAAAAAGGGUCUACGACUCUACAUUUAUAGAAUAUCCACUUAAAAUUACAAGUUCUACUCAAAUUUCAAGCGAGUGUUUCUGAAGUUGUCAUUAUUCUGCAGGCUUUCCGUUAACUGCUGCUUCAGCUAAGUUAUUUUAUCAAAUAUGCCGUCGUACAAUAAGAAGUAUCCAUUAGUAUAAGGUUGUAUCUGGUCAGCAGUUAACUUAUUGUAAGACAAUGCUUUAUGAUUAUGAUAUGUUACACUGUAAAGAUAGAAAUGUAUGUGUAUGUCAGUAUGUGUAUGUGUUAACUUUGAUCUUAAUUUCUUAAUACGAUGAAUUUAUUAUUUUUC